AAAUUUGCCCGCCGAGUGCGAUGACUUUCUUUAAGGGACUUUAAGAUCAGAAAGGAAGACCGGAAGAAGUUGCAGACAGUUAUGUAAACAAACACACGUUGACAGAAGAAAGUAGAAGACUAAACACGCAUUCAAUCGAGAUGUCUGUAUUGUUAGCCGUGCUGGCAGGUGUCAUCGCUGCAUACAUACUGAUUUAUUACAGUCUGUGUAAAGGAGCCAGAUUUAAGAGCAACGCAACGCUAAAGGGAAAGACGGCAAUUGUUACAGGGAGUAACACAGGUAUUGGUAAAGCAACAGCUUUGGAUUUGGCCAGAAGAGGAGCGAGGGUGAUUCUGGCCUGUCGCAACAAACAAAAAGCUGAAGCGGCUGUGUAUGACAUACGAAGGGAAAGUGGAAACUCAGAGGUGCUGUACAUGCAUUUGGACUUGGCCAGUUUGAAAUCUGUUCGCAGUUUUGCGGAGACUUUCCUUAAAAGUGAACCACGACUAGACUUGCUUAUCAACAAUGCAGGUCUCAUUGUAUGCGGCAAAACAGAAGAUGGUUUUGGCAUGGCGUUCGGCGUCAAUCACCUGGGUCACUUUUUGCUCACCCUGUUGCUGUUAGAUCGUCUGAAGGAGGCGGAGCACAGCCGCGUAGUCAACGUGUCUGCCCUGCUUCAUCAUCUGGGGUCUCUGGAUUUCAACCUUCUCAACACACAGAAGGAUCUGGUCACCGGCCAGUCGUUCUGGCACGCGUUCAGAGCUUACUGUCACAGCAAACUGUGUAAUGUGCUCUUUACGCGAGAGCUCGCAAACCGCUUGGAGGGGACCAGUGUCACAUGCUAUUGCCUGCAUCCGGGUGUGAUAGCUACUGAGAUUGGUCGGUACAUGAGGCUGUGGCAAAGGCUGCUUGUCCUGCCCCUGUCAAAGCUGUUUUUCCUUGACCCUGAGGGUGGGGCGCAGACCACCCUCUACUGUGCUUUGCAAGAGGGCCUUGAGCCUCUGAGCGGACGCUUCUUCUCCUCCUGUGCAUUGCAGAGUGUUAGUGCUCUGGGGCGGGACGAUGCCCUGGCAAGGAAGUUGUGGGAAGUCAGCGAGAGGCUGUGUGGCCUGUCGUGAGCGAGAUCUUCCAGGUUUGUGCGACAGUAGAACUCUAAACCACAACUGUCUUACAACUGUCAGCUGUUCAUCUUGGUUAAUUGGGUAAAUUUCUGGGUAAAGAGUGUAGCUGAAUUGGAUGGUUUUUAUAAUUUCUAUAUGAUGCUAUAUGAAAUAAUAUUGUUUACAAUAGACACAAGCAGAAAAAUAUGUUUGGAGAACCUAACCUUUAAUGUCUCUAUGAUAUCUCAUAUUAAUUUACAUUAAACAAUAAACAGUAACUAAAUAACUAGUAAAUUAAAUUAAAAUAUGUAGGGCUGGAGUUGGCAUUUAUAUUCACUUUGGAUAAUUAUUUUUGUAUAACAGUUUGUCAUCAACUUCCUGUUUUACUCUUUCACACAUAAAAGAUGUAAUUUAUUGUCACACAUAAAGAGUCUUAUUCCUUCUAGUGUUUUAUUAUGACAUUGCUGUUCUUUUGAGGACCCUGCACUUGUGCAUGCUAUCGUGCCAUCGGUUUCUUAUGACCUGGACACGGACUUUACUGACAAUAAUGUCAUGAAUUUUAAAAGACAAAUUUGUCCCAGCCUCUUAGCUUUGCCACUGCACUGAAGUAUCCUUUUGGGACACUGGGUGGCAGUAGCGUGCCACACUCGGCAGUUCAACUCUGAGCGACCUGAAGAGUCUACCGAGACCUCUGUCAAGAUAAAAAUCAUGCGAAUAAAGUAGGCUAGAUUACACUGAGAAUUGCAAAAGUAAUUUCAUGUAAAAUUAUAGUUUUCCACUGAAUGAAAGUGGGCGUCAGGGGCUACGGCCAUAUAUUGUGACCGCACAACCAAAAUGAGUAGUUGUUAUAUAUAGACCCUUACUUACCCAUAUUCAUACUUCUCUGAUAACCCCACACUAGUAUGCAAUAGUAUGUGCAAAUAUGUAUCUUUGACUGUUAAGUUGGUGUUAGUGUAUUCUGUCUAUAUGGACUACAGUGCAUAAGGUUACAAAAUCGUAGGUAAAACAGCAGGUGUGCUCCGUAUUUGCUUUUUGAUGCCUCCAGAUAUCACAGAUCUGUUCACUACAGCCGUAUCGUAGAUUCCACCUUUAUACAAUGCAGUUGAGACAUUGUGGAAUAUUGGAUAUGUUUGUUAUUGAAUAUUUUGAAUAUGUUUAUAAGCCAGCCAGAAGGUUUGGACCGGCCACAUCUCAGCCUCGUGUCUUGGUUGUAAUGCACAGCAAGUCUGUAACUACACACUCUCGUUCGAUUUGUGUUGUAGAAGCAAAACACAUUGAUGAGUGACGGCAGGUGUUUACUUUGGACGCACUCCCGAGCUCUUUGGCACAGUACUUAACUACUGGAUUAGUGCAUCAAUUAGCAAUCACUGCAUGGGCGGAGCCUGAUUGAUCGAGACUGCUUCUGCUAGCCUGGGCGCAGGGCAUGCUGGGGCACGUGAGUGUGAGCAGCUGUGUGUGUGUGACUGCACAACGGCCGGCUGCAUGAGAAUCAGUUCAAACUGCAUGAUAGCAUAAUACAACCAUAUGUCCCUUGAUGACUUUUCGAGGCUAACAUAUCUUGUGUUUUUGCACACUGAUGGGUGCUUUUUAAGAGUAUGCAUACUAGAAGUCAUACGGUUGAUUUACAUGAUGUAUGAGUAAUGCAACUCUUAACUUGUAACAUCUGAAUGCUUAAGAUGCCCAACAUGGGGCACCAUUGGGGUGUGACUACCUGUGUGGCCAUGCAGCUCAGGGUAAUUGAUAAUAAAGAGUAUGGGAUUAAAUCAGCCAAUGAGCAUCAUUAAAGGCGCUCUAAGCGAAUAAUGUGCGACGUCACUUCCUGUUGAUGUUUGAACUGUUUUCAAACAGACAGAGCGUAGCUAACUCCUCCCCCUCCCCCUCCCUUCCGUGCUUUCAUGAACGCGCCCAACCCCCACCCCCAAAUCCUUCUUGUCGUUUAUUGGCUGGAAUACUUUGUUUUGUUUUGGGAUUGCUAGGUUUGGCCAUUUGUUGAUAUUGCCGUUUGUGAAGCCUGGGCUGUCUACAGAGAUCGCGUUUUUUUACAGUUUGAUCAGCGGACAGGCAGCAAGCAGAUAGUGAGGAGAUGUUUCCGGUAUGUAACAAAAAAUGUUUUAUGGUCUAAAACGCUUCAAUUCGCUUAGAGCACCUUUAAGAUGCAGUUUUCUGGGGUAAUUGUCACAUGAUAUUCAUUGGUGGACGUGGUUGGUUGACAACUAAUUUCUAAAGUUAAAAUGUCUCAUUCCUGUAGCUCAGUUGGUAUAGCAUUGCUUUAGCAAUGCAAAGAUUGUGGGUUUGAUUCCAAGGGUACACAAAAGCAGGGGCAAAAGUACCAUUUUUCAGAAAAAAAAUAUUUUUAAAGCUAAUGUUUUAGACAGAGAUAUAUUUUUUUGCUGUAGUCAAUAACUCACAAGUGUGGUCUAUCAAUACCAGGUGAAAUUUUGAACAAAUGUAAAAUGACUUCAGUAUAAUUUCACUUUGAACAUAAGUAGUGCAUUAUUACUUUUGAUCCUGUCUGCUGGGACGAAAGUAACACGCAGGUGGGUCAAAGUUACACAACAGAACAAGACAGAUUUUUGUGGUUUUUUUUUUUUAGUAAAUAUACAUGACUAUGAACUUGUUAAUAUGUAACUGCAAACAUAUUUUGUCGUUUAUCUUUGCAAAAAAUAAAGAAAUUAUUUUUUACUUUUUA